AUGCUUACAGGAAUGAAGUAUGGAGAAGAGUGCAGGAGUAAAACAUACCCUCCUUCAGGACCAACGUUCAAAGGGAACGUACCCACAUAUGUCAUAAAUCUUGAUUUACCUCCCAGCAAAAGAUGGGAUAACUUGAUGCAUGACAAAAAGACAGAGCUGAAGACUGUGGUUCAGAAUAUUAAAGAUAUAGCAAAUACCUUCUUCCCCAGUGGCAAAGUUGUUGACAUAGUGGAUAACAAAAUAGCUCAUCUGACUGCCACGCUUCCUUAUCCUUUCAAUGAAGAACUCCAAGGGAUUGCAAAUUCAUCUGGGAUUCCUUUGGGAGAAAUUGUGAUUUUUAACAUCUUUUACGAAAUUUUUACUGUAUGUACAUCAAUAGUGGCAGAAGAUAAAACAGGUAAUGUAUACCAUGCCAGAAACUUGGAUUUUGGACUCUUUCUUGGAUGGGAUGUUAAAAAUAAUUCCUGGACGUUAACUCGGGAACUGAAGCCUAUAGUGGUAAACUUGGACUUCCAGAGAAACAACAAAACAGUAUUCAAGUCUACAAAUUUUGCAGGAUACAUAGGCAUGGUGUCUGGAGUUAAACCAGACUUGUUCACUCUGACAAUGAAUGAGCGUUUCAGUCUUGAUGGUGGUUACGUGGGAAUCUUUGAAUGGUUUCUUGGUAGAAGAGAUGGCAUGUGGAUGGGCUUUCUUACAAGAACAGUAUUAGAGAAUGCUACAAGCUACCAGGAUGCAAAAGACAAACUGGCAAAAACAAGACUGCUGGCUCCAGCUUACUUUAUACUGGGUGGAAAAAAUUCUGGAGAAGGAUGUGUGAUAACUCGUUCCAGGACAGCUACUCUGGAUAUCUGGGACCUUGAUAUCAAGAAAGGCACAUGGUACGUGUUAGAAACAAACUACGAUCGCUGGAAGCCUCCGCUAAUCUUGGAUAAUCGUAGAACACCUGCAAUGAAAUGCCUGAACCAGACAAUGCAAGAGAACAUCUCCUUACCAGCAAUUUAUGAUGUUCUCUCCACAAAGCCUGUCCUCAAUAAGCUGACUGUGUGCACAACGCUGAUGGAGGUGUAUAAUGGCCACACAGAGACUUACCUGCGGGAAUGCCCAGACCCCUGUAGUCCUUGGUAGUCCUCUACCUUUCCUACGUUGGAACCUGCUUGUCUGCAUUGGAGGUCCUCCAAGGAAAAAUACUCCUGGAAAAAGAUUCCUCAGCCUAACUCCUUUCUUCAGAAAUCUAAUAGCUACACAGAAAUGUCAAUGAGUUUCUAACACUGGAGGACCCUGUCUCACAUGGGACUUUCUUGCUUUCUGAUGAGCAGUUUUGCUGACAAGAAAUAUAUACUAAUAUACAUCUGGUUUGAUUUCAGCCAUUUCUACCAAAUGAGUUCAGCAGUUAGCUCUAGAUCU